AUGCCACCUCCACCUCCUCCACCGCCGAUAUCCGGAGCCAAGGAAGCUCCACGAGUAGACUAUCUGCUCAAGCAUGGCGGUCUGUCACAUCCCGUGCCGAAGAGAUUGGUUCAGACCGGUCCGACGGCGCCAGUCCAGCAGUACAAUGUCUAUCAAUCACCUGCUUUGAGUCAGGCGGCUCCCCUUGAAGAGUACUCGAAAGUGUUCGGCGGCAUCCAUAAGCGAUUGGAUGACUACCUGCAAGUUCUCAACAAUAAUGGAUCGCUUGCAGUAGCCACAGGGUACAAGUCAGUUGCACGACGUCUUCUCGACAAGCUAUCACAACUCGACAUUGACGUCCCAGACGAGUACCGUGACCACUACAUCCGCCAAAACCAAAAGACGAAACGAGCCGUACAAAGCUGGCUUUCCCGCCAACCCGACUUCCCCUCCAGCCCACCAGAAGAAGCCGACGAGGACACCUUAAUGUUCGCCAUGAUGACGACCCUCCCCCUCCACCAACGCAACCUCUUCAUCGCCCUCAUGCACGGCCAAAACUUCGUCUCCGCCUCCCGCGCUCCGACCCCCGCCGAACGACCCUCCACCUCCUCCAACGCCCUCCGCCGCGCCCAAGCCGCUCUGAAACGCCUCUACCGCCUCGACCGCCCUCCCCGCGACUGCGAGUCCGCCAUGUACCUUCUCAACAACCCCCAUCUCCACGGUAUGCUCGCCACUCUCGCCGAAGUCAACGCCGCCGAAUGGGACAUUCUCAUCUCCGGGCGUUUCGACGGAUUCCUCUGGUCCGGCGCUGAGUCCUCCUCCUUCCCACCCUCCAUCUCCGCUUUCAACUCCCAAACUUCCUCCCGUGUCCCCUCUCGAGGCCCCAACGCCACGCCCUUCUCCCGUAACGGCACGCCCUUUACCAAUCUCUCCGCCAUCCCCUCCCGCGGCCCUACACCCUUUAGCGGAGGUCCAAACGACCCCAACGCCAUUCCCUCCAUGUUCCCCACCCGCGGCCCCACUCCCGGUCCCAACGGUCUCGCCAUCUCACCCCCUCCUCCCGUGCAACUCGACGAAGACACGGAAAUCGCCGUCGCCGCCGAACUCGAACGGAACCUCUUCCUCGACAUGGAACGGCUGGAAGACGCUUUCGAACUCCUCCACUCCCGGGCGGAGUCUGUGCGUCAACUCCUUCGGGAACGAUCUUCCGGUCUCGCUGCUCAGUCGCAAUUGAGAAGGGGCGUCGGGUCGGAUCCGGUGGGCGUGAGGUUGGACACGCCGGCCAGUGGCAUGACGGACUUUGAAGAGGAAGAGGACGAUGGGUUGGGGGAUACGGUGAGUUUGGCGCCGGAUGAUAGUGCGAGUCAGAUUUCAGUGAAUCGAAGACAUCGGCAUCGAAGGGGGGAGCGGCGUACACCCGCGCCGGAGGCUGUGAGGGAGGAGGACGAGAGUGUUUUUGAAGAGGAACACGGGGCUGCUGCUGCGGGAGGAGGAGGCGCGAAUGAAGCUGGGAGGAAGGCGAGGACGACGACGACGACGCCGGGGGGGAGGAGGUCGAAGUAUUGA